GAACUCUUGGGCUAAUGUUCUUAAUUGAUACAUUCGCCAAGAUCCAGAGAGUACCAAAAGCUAAAAUCGGCUAGUUGUUGCAGAUCGAGAAUUUAUAUUAUGGAUUUCGGAAUUGUCUCGUCAUUGUCAAACGAGUCGGUACUUCAUAGUUACGGUGGUCUCAUUUCUCACGGAAAUAUCAUCACAGCGAAAUAUAUCAUCGAGGGCUGAAGAUUAUAAUGCAAACGAAGACGAAGCGCGAGAACUGUAAUUAAAGACUCGGUCUUUCUUUUCUCUGAUAUUUAUUUUAUAUUUUUGAAUUACAUCUACACGUGUAUGCAAUUUGUAUCGCAAUUCUGAGAUCGAAGGUGUUUCAGUUUACAGCACUGGCUGUGCGAAUUUGAAAGUCUGUCAGGAGUUCAUCAUCAGAAGUUCUACAUCAGAAGCGUGAAGAAUUUAUCAAGUGCGGAUGCUAAAAUCUUGAAAAUUUCUGAUGAAACUAACUAGAUUAAUAGAUAAUAAUUAUUAACAAAGUUUUGUAUUUAUUCAACAGAAUUUGUGUUUAUUCAUUCUACGUGGAGGUAGGUACAGAAGGUUGGAGAUUUGAGAAAGAAUCAGAAAGCGAAUUAUUACUAGCCGUGUUAUCUCCGAGAAGAGGUCUGGUUAUGCGAAUUUGAUCGACGUGCUCUCGUGAUUUCUUCCCACGGCGUUCCCCAAACUGACUCAUGACAUAUUUGCGACUUGAUCUCAUGCCUAAACUCCAGUCGAUCAUGCGGCGGAGGUUCCUCGCCCGGACAAACGUCCUCGCGUUCCUGUUCGCAGUAGUCUUCGUCUUCCUGUGCGUGCGCUACCUGCCCGAGCGGGACUGUCAAUCAAACCGACAGACUUCAGGAAGCAAGCUCAAGCAUCGGCUGAUUGCCCUGAUUCUAAGCAGCCCAGACAACCUAGAGCGCCGUAAUACCAUCAGGAAGACCUGGCUGACCGAGCACGAUGCUACAGUGAAGCACUUCUUUGUCAUCGGCACUCAGGAUAUCCUACCCGAGCAGAGGAAUACUUUGCAAUCAGAGAAACAGAAAUUCGAUGAUCUGUUACUGUUGCCCAGGCUGCAGGACUCUUAUGGCACAUUGACGAAAAAGGUUCUCCACACCCUGAAAGCCGUCCACGAGCAUUACGACUUCGAUUACCUGCUGAAAUGCGACGACGACUCGUACGUGCUGGUGCAUAAGAUCCUGAAGGAGCUCGACAAGUGGCAGAGCAAGGGCACUAAGCGAGAACUCUAUUGGGGUUUCUUCAAUGGACGAGCACAAGUGAAGAGGAGCGGUCCCUGGAAGGAAACCGAUUGGAUCCUGUGUGAUUAUUAUCUUCCUUAUGCCGUAGGUGGCGGAUACAUUCUGUCUUACAAUCUUGUCGAGUUCAUUGCUAAGAAUGCAGAUAUCCUUAAAUUACACAAUUCCGAAGAUGUCUCCGUCGGCCUCUGGCUUGCACCGCUGGCGAACAUCGAGAGAAAGCACGAUGUACGCUUCGAUACGGAAUACAGAUCGCGUGGUUGUUCCAAUCAGUAUAUAAUUACGCACAAACUUACGGUCCAGAAUAUGCUGAGUAUGCACGACUAUUAUCAGGCCUCCUUAGGCGCACUGUGUCCUAAAGAAUUUAGGAAUCGCAUGAGUUAUCAGUAUAAUUGGACCGUACCACCCAGUCAGUGCUGCAACAGACAAUCCAGUAUCCCUUAAUGCGACAAGGAGAUUUCUACAACGUUCUAGUCGCGUUUUUUAAUAUACUUGCUCAGAAAACAUGUUUAUCUCAUAUACAUUUAUAACGGCUUCUACAAUAUUUAUAAACCUUCUAUUUAUGUUCUGAUUUAUCUUCAUUAGGAUAUAUUGAUACCAAAUGCUAUAAAAAAGUAGCCAUUUUUAAGAAUAAUUCAAACAGUAUUAUUGAAGAAAGUUGCGAAAGUUUAUAGCGAACAGACUUCGCGACAUUUCGUUAAAAGAAUUGAAGCAAUUUCAAAUCUAAAUUUUAUUCAUUACUCGAGCAUAAUUGUACGAC